AAUUUAAAAAAAUAAUAUUGAAAUCGUUUUUAAAAUGAUAAAGUCUAAAAUUCAAAUAAAUAAAUAAAAUAUAAAUAACAUUUUUAAAAAACAUAAAUUUAAAAUAUCUUAUCUAUAUCAAUUCAUCAAUCCAUCAGAAAAUAUUUUCAUUUUCUAAAUCCUAUUUCUGGUUAUCUUUUUGUUUUUUUUUUUUAAAUCUUUUUUCAUUCUUCCUCAAAAUCUCCCGCCAUUCAGACUCAGCUAGGAGAGGGUUUUACUUGUUUUUGCUGAAUUGAUUCAUUGUCACUCAGUAACAAAGAAAUUCUAAGUCACCCACCGCCACAAUCGAUGCCAUCCAUUUUCUCAAAGUGCAACCAUCAGUACCCAUCUCCCUCAGGCUAUAAUUAAAGUAAUGAUUCAAGAACGUCAAAUGGAGAGGAACCCACCUCGAGUUUCACGUAAAGAUCGUACAAGGAAGAGCAGCAGGUACACCGUUGAUGAAAGUGGAGGAGAUCUGAUAGAGUGUUCAGGCAAGUACUGUAGAUCAUGCACAGCUGGGUUGAUAGCUGACUGUGUAGCACUCUGUUGCUGCCCUUGUGCUUUGUUGAAUCUUUUAACUUUCGCUUUUGUUAAAGUUCCGUGGAUGGUGGGAAGGAAGUGUUUGGGAAGAGUGAAAAAGAAGAGAAGAAAGAGGAAAAUGAAAAGAAAAUGCAAGAAAAGAAGUGAAAAAGCUGAAGCAGAAAUUGAAGGUGACGCUACUAGCAUUAGUAUUGGAGGGGAGAGAGAUGGAAAUUUGAAAAUUUGGGAACUUGUAAAUGGGUUUGGUGAAGAAGUUAGUGCAAGGUUUGAGGCUGACAGGGUUUGGUUAGAGUUGUAUGAGGAUGGACAUUUGGGCUUUGGUAGGGUUUCUUUUACUGGUAUUCAGUGAUAUAUAGGGAACUGGUUUACUGUUGUUAUAUAUAAAUAUAUACAUUUGUUGUAUUAAA